CUUCCAUGGACUGCUUGGGUUCAAGGUGCUUUGUUGGCUCCUCUUGCUCAAUCUGGUGCUUCUGCUGUCUUGUUGAUGGGUGCUGAUGGAAGUAUGUGGGGUUUGGCUGGUCAAUGGAAUGUUUCUGCUCAAGAAGCUGCCACUUUGGCUAAUGCUAUUAAGACUAGUGCUGGUGCUCCAAUUUCUUGCACUUUGGGUGGUGUUAAAUUCAUGGGUAUGAGAGCUGAUGACUCUGAAUUUGUCUCCAAUUCUACUCAAAAGACUUGUGUCUGUGGUCAUAUGUUGAAGAAGACCACCAUUGUC